UAAGAGCCAAGAGAUGUCCUGUCACUGCAAAGCGACAACAGCUCUGUCAACUAAAUAACAACAAUAGUCACAACAAACCGGGAGCUCCCUCGCUUACUAACCGCCGGCUCUUUAAUGGCCGAGUAAGGGGGGAUGUUUGGCUGAACGACAGCCUUAAAAACCCGCCACUCAUUCGGUCGCUGCUGUGUAUAGUGAAUGAACAUAUAUUCGUGUUUCCUGCCAAUGAGAUAGUCAACUUGUACGCGACAACAACAAAGAGACAGCCUGCUUUAGCCUCCAUCUUUAGCAUGCUAGCACGGAGCUAGCUCGUCUGUGAUCAACAGGUGUGUUAAAGUGGACAAGUGGGACUCUGGAUUCAGGACCUGCUUUUAAAACCUCUCCCAGGGAUCUGCACGACGUAAGACCCCAGUGGAUGCUAUGUGGACUUUAAGACCCUCCUGAUAAAGUUAAAGAAGCCGAAGGGUUGGCCGCGAUGGACCUGCGUGUACUCCGACAGCGGUCCUGCUAAAAAAAAAAAGGAGCGGAUGGAUUAGUGCGAGCUUCACUCCCGCUCGGUUUCUGCUUCCCAUUAGCGGAGCGGCCUACAGCUGCCGGACGGACCUCUGGGGCCCAACUGAGCCGCUUCAACAGAACUGAUGCCCAGGCCCGGAAUCUGGCAUAAUGUUUUCAUAACCUGAUGAACAUUAGAGAAAUGGUGAGGAAGAAGAAUCCCCCUAUCCGGAGCGUGGGAGGUGAGGAAGAAGAGGAGGAAGAGGGGAGGAGGUCGGCAGGCGAGGAAGAAGAGGACGACGGCGAGGAGGAAGGGCGAGUGGCAACGGAGGCCGACCGGAUAAGUCGCCCCUCCGAACCCGAGGAGCGCGUCCGAGGAGAUGAGGAGCAGGACGAGGAGGAAGGAGAAAGUGAGUGCAUUUCCUCAACUCUCUCGCCCUCGUCCGUCGGCACCGAGGAGCGAGGCGGGAGGAGGGGGGGAGGCGGAGGUAGCGGGGGUGAAGGGGGCAGGACUCCGCAAGCAGGACCCAGACCUGAGAGUCAGUCAGACCCUGAGGACGUCGACAAGGCGGGCGCCGAGGACGACGAUGGAGACCUCACCUCCACUCGCCCCACUGCGCCGCGCCUCCUCCCCGCGAGGCAGGACCUGGCCGGCGAGGAGGCGACCAUAGACACGCCUCCGCUCUCCUCCAGCCCCUCCCCCAAACUCCAGGACUUCAAGUGCAACGUGUGCGGUUAUGGUUACUAUGGCAACGACCCCGCCGACCUGGUGAAGCACUUUAGGAAGUAUCACCUCGGCCUGCACAACCGCACACGGCAGGACGCUGCCCUCGACACACACAUCCUGGCUCUCCACAACAUGGCGCCCCCACACACACCUCUAGACUUCCAGGCAGGACACGGACCCAGGAACCAAGCCAAAGAGUCUGGCAAGAGCAGGUCAGAGCUCCACAAUCAACAGCACAGGACGGUGAUGAUGAACGGCACAUAUGACGUCCAGGUGACGUUGGGCGGCACGCUAAUCGGAAUCGGCCGCAAGACCUCGGAUUGCCAAGGCAACACCAAGUACUUCCGCUGCAAAUUCUGCAACUUCACUUACAUGGGCAGCAAUUCUGUAGAACUGGAGCAACACUUCCUGUCCACGCAUCCCAAUAAAGUCAAAACCCCGCCAGACACCCCCUUGCUCACUAACGAAAACCAGGUUAAGGGGAGGAGCCCGAUUGUAGAGGGUUCCGAAAGAGUGGCAGUACGAGCAGAAGAUGACUCUCUUGUCGGGUAUUCUAUCCCGAUCCGGGCUGAUUCGUCGGGUUGGCCGGUGGAGGGCGCACAGGGGGCGUACUACUGGUGCAAGUACUGCAGCUGGAGCUGCGAGUGGACGGGAGGGUCGGCCAAGCUUUUGGAGCACUAUGAGCAACGACAUACGGCGAACACGGGGAGCCCCAACGACCUCAAUCCUGGAGAAAGAGGAAGGAGAAGGGAAGGAGAGUUAUCCAAAAGUCGCAAGGAUCUGCUGUCUAGCACCAGCCAAGGCGACCCCAACAGCAGCGACACAGAAGCGGUGGUCACCAGCUACAACUGUCAGCUGUGCGACUUCCGCUACUCCAUGGCCCACAGCGCCGACGUGAUCGUCGUGGCGCCAUUGCUGCUGCACUACCAGCACAACCACUCCAUCCACCGCUGCUGCAUCCAGCACUGCAUGUACUGUCCCAGGGGGCUAUGUCAGCCGCAGAAGCACCUAGGCGAGGUGUCCCAUCCCUUUGCUUGCCGAAAGCCCACCUGUUCCAAAUGUUGCGGCAAAUUCCCUGCGUCCACGAACCAGCAUGACACUGGCGGUUUGACCCCUCCUCAACCCAGAAGCGACCCCAGCGUGACCUUUCACCCCUCUAAUCCUGUUGUCUCUCAAGGCGUCACCCAUCUGUGCGACCAGUGCGCCUUCGCCACCGGCGACAUCGACGUGCUGCUCCAGCACUACGACAGCUGUCACAGCCUGAUCAACUUAAAGGGGGCACCGCCACACGUCAAGGCGGAGGAGGAGGCUGGGCUGGACGGCAAGGACGAGGGCCGUGGUGGCGGCGAGAGGGAAUACUCAUGCACAAAGUGCCACUUCAUCACGGAGGUGGAGGAGGAGAUUUUCAGACACUACAGGCGUGUCCACUCGUGUUGCCGCUGCCGACACUGCGACUUCACUGCCCCCGAUUCGUCUGCGCUCCUCGACCAUUUCAACACGGCCCACUGUCACGAAACUCCGCCGCCGCUGAGCUCGUUGGCGACGCCGACCCUGACUCUCUCUGCAAACGGCUGCUCGGCACCCUCCACCUUAGCCAUCAAGGAGGAGAGCAAGGGUGAUCUUCGCCUGCUGUAUUCCCUGGCGCCGCCUGAGGGACGCCUGGCUGAGGGUGGCCGGGAGGAGAUGAUAAAAAGUGAGGGCGGCGAAGAGAAAGCGAGAGAGCGGGAGAAAGGCUGGGUGCUCGGGGAGACGAGAGGCGGCGAGCAGGCCCACGGUCUCCUCUGGGUGCCAAAGGAGCGAAUGGGACCUGAAAGAGGGACGGGAGGAGGGAGCCCCUCCAUUUUCCACUCGCCGCUGUCAGUAUCGUUUAUUUCUGCCAACCACGAAUCCUCGCAGCAUAAACGAGGUGUGGCCUCGCCAAGCAUGGUCUACCUGGGAGAUACCAAGUCCUUUUUGGGAGACGCCAAGCUCUACGGAGGAGGGAGGCGGCCUGGAGGCGGAGCCACCACCACCGCUAUCGGAGGGGAGAAAUUGAGCCAGAUACCCACUCAGCAGCAAUAUGCAGGAGGAGGCAGUGGAAGUGUGGGAGGACAGGAAGUGAAAGCUGCUAAAGAAGAGUCCCAGUCGCUGUUACGGAGGCGUCGAGGCAGCGGGGUCUUUUGUGCCAACUGUCUGACCACCAAGACGUCGCUGUGGAGGAAGAACGCCAACGGGGGCUACGUCUGCAACGCCUGCGGGUUGUACCAGAAGCUGCACUCGACGCCCAGACCUCUGAACAUCAUCAAGCAGAACAACGGCGAGCAAAUAAUCCGACGGCGGACCCGUAAGCGCCUCAACCCAGACACGCUGCCCCCGGAGAACCCGGCGCCCAAGCAGCAGCGCGUCUCCGGCGAGGAGCGCGUCAACGGCGACGAGGCGGGCGACAGAAGCUGCUCUUCGGUCAAAAGCCAGCAGCCGUCGCCUCGCUCCACGCAGGCUUUCCUCGCCAACCAGACCCUGGAGAUCCACAGACGGAUGCCGCCUCUGCUCCUGCCCUCGCAUCCGCCCUCUUUGCUGGCUGAGGGAAACGGGGGCGUCGGCGAGGGCGGCGUGCUGACCAAGAUGGAGGGGAAAGGCGGCGGCAGCUCUGAGAGAGGAAGUCCAAUCGAGAAGUACAUGCGACCAUCCAAACCCUCCAGUUACUCCCCUCCUGGAUCCCCCAUCGAGAAGUACCAGUACCCUCUCUUCCCCUUGCCCCUUCCUCUCACACUCUCCCCAGACUUGACCCCUGAAUCCGACUGGCUCCGAUUCUGGACCAAGUACAAGAUGGCGGCCACUUCCGGCAUGGGCCCGGGAAGCCUCGCCAAUAGUUACCUGGGCGCCAUGGUGACGCCAGUGCAGCAGCAGCAUCAUCAACAGAGCUACACGGUGCCUUACUGCGCCUCCCCUUACUCGCCACUUCCUCCGCCGCCGGCCCCUGCUCACUACCCGGCCCCGCCCCUUCACCCUCAAACGUCCUCCUCGCUUGAGAGCGACGCCCCCUUGGAUCUCGCCACAAGGCAACGCGACGCCACAAACUGCGCGGAAAAGAGCACGUGCGCGGAGAAGUCGCGGAAAGGCGAGGAGGAUGGGGAGGAGACGGGGAGGUCGAGGGCCACAGCGGAUGCGGCGACGCAGGACGAUCCCAGCAACCGCUGCCUUCAUUGCGGCAUCUACUUCCUGGACGAGGUCAUGUACGCCCUGCACAUGAGUUGCCACGGCGACCAGGGGCCGUACCAGUGCAGCUUCUGCCUGCACACCUGCGCCGACCGCUACGACUUCACCACGCACAUCCAGCGAGGCUUACACAAGGACAGGAAGCCUCAGGACGACCAGGAGGCGGCGGCGGUCGAUGGCGAGGAAAGCGGGGUGAACGCAGACGAGCGAGCUAAGGACACUUCGGCUGAAGACGCUAGGGAGGAGGUCAGCGAGCAGCAGGAAGCGGCGGGGGACGCCGGCGAAGCUAUGGAUGUCGCCCCGGAAGUCGUAGGCGACGCGGCGCUUGAAGCCGUGGAGGCUCAUUAACAACAUUAAUGACAUCAGAUCAACUAGCGAGCGCAUGAAAACAUCCCAAUGCUGGAAGCACUCAGACUCAACACAGCUGACCUUUGAACCGCUGCAGGGACAGUCGGGGAAAAUAACUGUGGUCCACUUUUUGUUGAAAUUCUUUUUUUGAGAGGAGGCAUCGCUCGGACUACUUUUCUCUCUCUGUCUCGGUACAACCGGAUUUAAUCUGGUCCCCGCUGUGCCAAACCAAAUUGAAAGUGGUGCAAGCCAGAACCAAGCAAGAACCACAAAGACUACACCCGGUUCAGUGUGGACGUGGUUUGCCCAUUCAAACCAGUUCCAACUGGCUGCCUAAUAGAGCCAGUAUAAACUGGCUGAAGCUUGCAGAAUCAAAGCAGUGUAUCCUGGGUAAAAAAAACAAACACACAAAAAAAAAUGGUGCCCUGGAUUGAAGUGUUCCUCGUUUGGAACCAAGUGACUUGUUCUUCUUCUUCUAUUCCUACUUCCUCUGUGCCAUCAUACUAGCGCCGUGCCUGGCUGCCUGCCUGAUAGAACAAUCUAUUAACCUGCUUAACAUUUGUAUCCACAAACAAUAAUAUUAUUGUUAUAGUACGAAAACAUGCAAUUUCAUACACUUUUCUUAUAUAAUGUUCUCUUUUGUACAAGGCUUUUUUCAGGACUUGGUGUGUUACAGAAAUGGUACAGGAAAAAAAAAAAAAUAGUGUGUGUGUUUGUAUGAUUGUGUGUAAGGGUCAAAGGGCGCGUCCGUCCACCCCCACCAACCCCCCCUCCGCCCUCCAUGGAUGUAAACAUAAUGAAGGUUUGCUAUUUCAGUCCUCAGGGGUCACACGUGUUGCACACCAGCCUGCCUACAUUUUUAUUUUAUUCUUUUAACGUAGCUAUCAUCAUGUUCUCAUCACGUUAACUUCUGCAUCGUUUACCGUGCGGCGGCAUCCGUCGGUCACGUCGCGGUUAUUUAAAAGAUAUUUUUCUACUGUUUACAUUGAAAAGUUUUUUGUUUUUUUUUACUUGUUUGACAUAGAAAAAAAAAUAUCUGCCUUGCUGCCUUAGUUGCUAGUGAACAAAAAUCAUAGAAAUGAAGGAAAAAGCCUUAGAUUAUUUUUCUAUCCACAAAAGGUGUCCCGCCGAGUGCCUGCUAACUUGUUUUCUACUUAACAUGUUUUUGUCAAAUAACGAUGUCAACUAUUGUAAUCAUCAACACUUAUUUACACCCCGAUUUAGUUAAAAGUGCAUUUUUAAUUGGCGAUUAUCAACUGUCGUGACUCUAAGGGACAUCUAUGGCGCCACCCUGUGGGUUGUGGUCAAAAUGCUUUGGAAGACAUCCUUACUUUUGUCCUCAUUCGACAAUUUAUCAGUAACUUAUGAACAAAUAGUUGCUACAUUUUGCUUGAUGGCAUGUUUUUUAACCAUUCUUGCUGAAAUUUUACACACGUGUUUGUUGGUCCCGAAAAGGUCUGCACAACAUUGUGUGUUGUUUUCAAGUCAAUCGCUUGGCUUAAUUACAGCGCCAACAUGCGGUGUGUAUGCCCAGACAACACAAUAGGAGUGCAUGUUUUUGCACAUUUUCACUUGUUUGUGCGCAACGGUUCAGGAGUAGAAGUUACAAAUACAACUAAAAGCUGCAAGCAACGUUAAACGGGCCCUCAGACCCCCGUGCGACUCGCUCAAACAUGAAUGCGUACUGACCCAUCCAGCACUUUAAGGUGUCAUCAUCACCAUAUGAACUCAUUCUCAUCAAAAUCUGCAUUUGUGUAACUGAGUAAUAAAUAUUAAAAGUAUUGUGGCGAGCCAUCAUAUUAAAGAUUGGCACAAUGCCACCACGUCACAGGCAAAAUACCUUCGCAAUUUAUAAUCGCCCAUCAGUCUGCUAUAUAUCAUUUUAACUUCAUUUUGGUCAAAAUCCCUAGGAUGAGUUCGUUAAAAGUACGACCCCUUUUUUUUUUUUUUUGGCAUAAAAAUGGCCAACGGGAACCAAGAAGGCCAACUUCCUGUUUGUUUUCAAUGAUGGGUUUUUGAAAAUUGUACGUGCGUCCUGUCACAAAUCGUGUCGAUACGUGAAAUUAAUUAAUUUUUCGAGGAGGCGCUAAGGGGGGGAAAUUCUGUGGUAGGAACCACUAAAAUAUAACCAUUUUCGUCGGACAUUAUGCUCUUGCAAAAUCGGUGCGUUUUCGUGCUUAAGUGCCUCAGGAUUUGCAAUCAAAGUGGGAGAAUAAUAUUACAUGGAACAAUUUCAAUAGGGGCCUCUGCUAAAGAUGCACUAAAGAUGAACCAUUAGUUGCCAUUUAUGAACAACCCAUUUCCAAGAUAGCGGCACUUGCAAAAUCCCAAUGACUCUUACGCAAAAGGGCUUUUGUUUACUCGGCUAGAAAUGUGCUGGAUUUUUUGAUUAGCUUAGACUCGUCGUCCCGACAACUUAGUAGAAAAAUUUACUCAAUAACACUCCCGCAAAAAAUUUGUAAUAAAAAAUGACACUUUGGUUUGUUAGUUGUCAUUUCAAUAGCCAUAUUUAUGCAUGUAUGGUUUUUAAUGCCGGAUGUCCUUCUUGAUGCACCCUUAGCCAUUAAAGGCAGUGUACUAUUACACCACAAGUGGCUUUUUAGCUAUUAAUUAAAAAUAACUGCUGUUAUGACUUAAAAACAAAAAAAUAACUUGAAUUGUAUACAGUUUUACACUUCCGAUAUGUUUUUUUUUUUUUUUUUUCAGAAAAAGGUUUUUUAAGAAAAAUAAAAAAUGAAGCUUUUCCAAAUAGUUUUUAAUUUGAGCGCAUUGCUUUUCAUAUGUUGCGGUAGAUAAGCGGUAGAACAUGGAUUGAUGCUUUUCAUAUGAGAAAUAGCAAGGGCGUCCCGAGUCAAAUAUAAAAACAAGAAAUCAGGGGCGGUAUUUAUCAAGCGUCUUAGAGUGCCAUUUUACACUUAAGUCCUGAGUAUUUGCGAAAUUUAGUCCUACUCUCAAACUUAAGAAUAAAAGCUAUUUAUCAACUUUCUUAAGUCUAAGAAUCACUCCUACUCCCCACGAUAUUUAAGAGACCUUCAGAGGUGUCCUAAGUGGUUAGGAGUUGCCAGCGGGGGAUGGCACUGAGGCGAACGUUCAGGGAGCGGAAGGAUGUCCUGGCUUUGUUUGAUGACGAGCAGCUGAUCAAACGGUAUCGUUUAGACAGAGCAGGUAUUAUUUUUGUCACAGAUUUAAUAAGGGGCGUCAUCUCAUCAGCAACAUCACACAGCAGAGCUUUCACAGCAGAACUAAAGGUCAUCACAAUGCUUCGAUAUCUCGCCACUGGGAAAAUGAAUUGGAAAGAAAAGGAAACAUUUAUUUUUGAUUCAUUGCCUAUAUUGUUUGUUUGUUUUGUAUUAUUUUGUAGUUUAUUGUCAAAAAAUACACUCCCAUUGUCCACUUAAAUAUUUAUAAGAUAUUUCUUUAUUCUGAGACAAGGGAUUCCUUUCCGUGAUUGGUCAUUUCUAUGCACACAGAAAUGACGUCACCUAAAAUUCCGUUUACGGCACAUAGUAAUGUCGUAAUUCAGCUCUGAGUGUGACACUUAAGAUUCAGUCCUACACUUCGCUGAAAGUGUGAGUAAGACGCUUGAUAACUAACUUUUAAGUGCAGCUUUCAGCAAAGAAUUUCUUUACUCAUAAGUCAACUCUUAGCAGACUUCUUAGGAGUAAUUCUAAGAUGCUUGAUAAAUACGGCCCCAGAUCCUAAACAUCCGAUAUUAGAACUCAAGUCUUUUCUGCUACCGCUAAUGUCCCCUUUUUGCUAGUUCAGCAGACAGAUAAUCUCAAUUUCAGAGCUUUUUAACAGUAUUUACUUUAAAACUUUGUACAAGUGAACAUGCAGAAAUAAAGUAUGUCAAUAGAACUUACAUGACAUCCAAAUUAAAUUAUUUGUGACAGUCCGACAUCAAUGAAACAUGUGCUAGCUCGAUGCUAAUUUACAUUGAAAAUGCUAUAUACAUGAUGCUAAUUAGCAUUAGCGAUUUAAAUACCUCCAAAUUUGGUAAUGAAAACUACAACUAAGAUAUGCGUUACAAUUGAGCAUGUGAUGUGUAAUAAGCACAAUUCUAACAAUAUGAAUAUUUUGUUAAGAAAAAUACCAAACUAGCACAUUCAAGCUAAUGGCAAAAAGUUGGUAACACACCUAGGACAAACUGAAAUUAAUUGUAAAUAAGCCAAAUAAGUGUAGGAAAACAAAAUAAACAGUAAAUUGUCCAUUCAGUCUACCAGUAUGUGUGAUUUGUGCCAAUAUCUGAUAGAUUUCGGCCAAUACUCAAGGUUGUAAUAUCGGAAAUGGAAAAAUUGGAUCGAGACACCAGUUGUCUUUAGACAAUCUAGUCUGACAAAUGAUCGCCACGACAGUUUUCGUAUCUAUUUGUGCGUCUUCACUCACAAAAGCACAGUUGCCGUGUAAACAAGCCGCCAAGACAACAUAAAUAUGCAUUUUUUUUUGUCCAAAUCAACGCUAAAAACACAGGCCGUCAUGUAAAUGCUUCCCAUGGGUUUGCCACCGCCGUCCUGUCCAAUGCCAUCCCUUUGUUUAUAGAUAAAAGCUUGAUCCCAAAGGUUGCGCUUGAUAUAGCAAAAAAUAUCACGUUCAACACCCGUAAUUGUAUUCCUCUUAUAUGUGUAGCUUCUCUCCAACCAACAAGAAGCUAACGUGUAGCUUCUUUCCUUUUGCUGUUUCUCCGUCUACAUAUCUCCUCGAGAGGCUGCUAGUGUCGGAAAUAGGAAUGUUUACGUUUUGAAAAUGUAGCAGAGAAAUAAAGUGUUGGCGGGAAGGAAAAAAGUCUGCUUUGACUCCUCCCACUCUCUUCUUGCCCAUCAAGUUAGCCUCGAAGCGAAAGGAGCGGUUUCCGACAUAAUAGAAUUAGGUACUGACGGGGCUCAUAUAACGUUUACAUUUAGGGCCCUUAAGAGUGUGAUUUGUGUGGAGCGACGUCACUGUCACGCCAUUUCAUCACAAAGGUACGACACAAACGUAGCGAGCAUGCAGCCGACGGUACGCGAGAAAAAGGGAGCUUAAAAGGCCAGUUGGUGCCACACAUGCAUGGGCUAAUGUACAUUUAAUCCAUUUUUACUAUAAUUGUUGUCUCAUUCAGUCGUAUUGUAAUAGAAAACGGGAUUUUGUUGUCUAUUUUAUUUUAUUUUUUAGAUUAUUUUUCUGUCGUGUCUUAUUUUCAUUCUGUUAUCUUUCUGUAUGCUAUUUCAACAACAUAUUUUUAUUUUUUAUUUUAUUUUGGGACCGCCAAGAAAACAUUUGUUACACAGCUAAACUUGAAAAAAUAAUAUUGAUAAUAAU